CACAAGGAGGAGUAUGAAAGACAACUCAAGAUCAGCGAGAAAGAGAUCUUGCCCGUGGGCGAAGAGGGUGAAGCGGCGCACAUCGACAGCGAGGCCGAAGGUGUCGAAGGGGCCGAGGUCAUUGGUGCGAUCUUGGUCGUGGGUGAUGGGUGCAUAACGUGCGCGCGGGAACAGCGCGCGCAACACAUCGAGUUCGUGGCCGGGGAAUCCGAAGUGCUCGCAGUCGGCGAGAAGAUGAGCGUGGAGGACAAAGUAAUUGUUGUUGCAAGCGAGAUUAUGGUCGAAGAGAUGUUCGAAGUUGAGAUGUUGGUCGCGGUCAAAGCGGGCCAUGAUGAGGAGGCGUACGCACAUUAUGGUGUGGAUACGCGUGUGAUCGAAGAAGAAGUUCUCGAGUUUUGGAUGGUCGAGGAUGAGUCCUUGAGGGCAAGGACAUUCUCAAAGGGGGCGGGAAUGAUGCGGAAGUGGGUUCCGAGCCCCGACGGUAAGAAAGACCAAGAGUCGAGACGACCCGAGGAGGCUGAAAAUAGGGCAAAAAUGACGCACACAUGGCCUAAAAGACGGGUACGAGCUCGUAUGCGAGGCGUACAAGCACGCAAGAAAAGGAAUAUUCAAGAAGGGCGCGCACACGCGCAUUGGCGUAGACGCGCAUGGCGCUCGGAAGGUAGGAGGUGCGGUGUGCGAGGAGUUGAGGACGGAUGGUGGAUGCAGGCGGGUGAUUGCACCGGACCAAUGGAAGCGAACACAAGCAAAGAGCGUGCAUCGGGACUUGAUGCGCGCAAGCAGUCUAACAAUCGAGCAAGAAAUGUGCACGGUUGGUCAAGAAAACGUGCGAGUGAUGCACGGGUGCCGGGCGUGCAAGGCAAGUGCACGAAUAGCGUGGGCGUGUGGCAGGAAGGACGCGUGCGUGCAAUGAACACGGGC